CAGCCCGGUUCGUACCGCCGCUGCUACAGGCAUGGCUACGGCGCGGCUGGCAGCGCUGCCCCGGGCCGGGCUGACCUUCCUGCGCCGGGCGUGCGGGCGGCGGGGAGCCCCCCCGGGCAGUGCCCUGCACACGGGGGUGCCCUCUGCCUCCCUAAGGGUGACCAACAGCUAUGUCCAGGGGACCUCAGAUAUCCCCCUGCUCACCAAAACCACAGGUCAGUGCUUGGAUGAGACUGUCGAGCGGUUUCCUGACCGUGAGGCUCUGGUCUUCUGCCGGGAAGGGGUUCGGAAGACGUUUGCUCAGUUCAAAGAGGAGGUGGACCAAGCAGCAGCUGGGCUUCUGGCUCUUGGCCUGAAGAAGGGAGACCGGCUCGGGAUGUGGGGUCCCAAUAAGUACGAGUGGGUUCUCAUGCAGUUUGCAACUGCCCAGGCAGGAAUCAUCCUGGUAUCUGUGAAUCCAGCCUACCAGGCCCUUGAGCUGGAGUUUGUCAUCAGUAAGGUUGGCUGUAAGGCACUGGUGUUUCCCACUCAAUUUAAAACGCAGAAAUACUAUGAUAUCCUAAAGCAGUCAUGUCCCGAGAUAGAGACAUCCAGCCCAGGGGGAAUAAAGAGCAAAAGGCUACCCAACUUAAACACUGUCAUCAUGUUGGACUCCAAGCUGCCUGGCACCUUCCACAUGGAUGAGGUGAUGCAGGCAGGGGACAGCAGCCAUAUGAAGCAGUUAAGAGCUGUGCAGCAGACCCUCUCCUGCAAUGACCCCAUCAACAUCCAGUUCACUUCAGGGACCACAGGAAGCCCCAAAGGAGCCACCCUCUCCCACAGGAACAUUGUGAAUAACGCCCAUCUGAUUGGGCUGAGGCUGGGGUUCACAGAGCAGGACUACCGCGUUGCCCUGCCCUCACCCCUCUAUCACUGCCUGUCGUCAGUAGGAGGCUGCAUGGUGAUGGCUCUGCACGGGUCCUCCUGCAUCUUCUCAUCACCGAGCUUCGAGGGGAAGGCUGCGCUGGAGGCAGUGUCUCGAGAGAAAUGCUCCUUUCUGCAUGGCACACCAACCAUGUUCAUAGAUAUGCUCUCCCAGCCGGACUUUGACUCCUACGACCUGUCAAGUCUCCGGGGAGGAGUCAUUGCAGGUUCUCCUGUUCCCCCUGAGGUCAUGAAGAUGGUUAUGACCAAGAUGCACAUGCCGGAGAUGGUGGUUGCCUAUGGGACCACAGAAAACAGCCCUGUCACCUUCAUGGGAUUCCCUGACGACAGCAUCACCAGGAAAACCGAGACGGUGGGAUGCAUCUUUCCCCACACAGAGGCAAAAAUUGAGGAUCCCGAAACAGGGCAGUCCCUGCCUCUGAACACUGCAGGGGAGCUUCAGAUCCGUGGCUACUGUGUGAUGCUGGGCUACUGGGGUGACCCUGACAAGACAAGCGAAGUGGUCACUGAUGAGAAGUGGUACAAGACAGGGGACCUUGCGAGCCUGGAUGAGCACGGCUACUGCAAAAUCAUAGGCCGAUGCAAGGACAUGAUUAUUCGGGGAGGAGAGAACAUCUACCCAGCAGAGCUUGAGCAGUUUCUGCACACCCAUCCCAAGGUUGAGGAGGUCCAGGUGGUUGGUGUGAAAGAUUCACGGAUGGGAGAAGAGAUCUGCGCCUGCAUCCGAGUGAAGACUGGGCAGGAAUGCACCGAGGAGGAGAUUAAAGCCUUCUGCAAAGGGAAGAUCUCCCAUUUCAAGAUCCCACGGUACAUCGUGUUUGUGGAUCAGUACCCACUCACCAUCUCUGGCAAGAUUCAGAAAUACAAGCUCAGGGAACAGAUGGAGAAGCACCUUCAGCUCUGAGCUGGGAAAGGCAGAGCAAAAAAUGGGAUAAAUCAGCCCCACUGCAACCAGCUUUGGGUCUGUUUCACCUGUGCCUUGGGCUGUGCAGUGGAGACCUCCUCUGCUGACAUCAGGCUGGUGGCAGGUUUAGUUAAUAAAACAGAGUGCCUUUUGUCCCCA